AUGAAUUUCAAUUUUUUAGCCACCAUCUUUGUCUUCGCUGGCAUUACCUCUGCCAACACAACCUGCCAAUGCAACAGCAUCGAUCCAUCCAAAUACAGCAUUGAAGGCGGAACAAGAGUUACUUGCCACGGCACAAUCACUGUCAACCAUCAAAAGCUUGCCGGUCGCAUGAUCCCCGGAGACCGCUGUCUACCGAACACAAUCAGCCUGAAAAUACCCUUGGAUAAGAUCCAGAAGCAGUAUUCUUAG